CCUGGGAACGAGAGCUAGAAGUGUAGGAAGAAGAAGAUGGCGUCGGUACGAAAUAAUCCCAGCAACGUCGAAGAUGUUUUCGUGGCUAUGGCCGCUAUGGCACCGAGAAAAGCUCUCUUCCAGUCACCAAAGGAAGAUGAACUUGUAGAGGAUGGCAGCCAGUCCCUUGUAAAUAAACUCAUGAUGGAUUUUGAUGUGGCUUCUGUUAGGAGAUCAACUACUGCAGAACUGCACCAGCAGCGGCUGAACGUGUUGAGACUUCGGCUGGAGGAGACGGCAGCGGACAACUGGAGAUAUAAACCUGUGGACAAGCUGAUGGGACUCUGAAACCUCUCACACAGACAAACUUGCAACGUUUUUCUGGCCAGCUGGAAUUUUUUCCCAGUCUAUCAUACUGCAGCAGUGAUAUACAUUACGCAUACUGUAAACCAUCAUGAUACAAUCGUCCCAAGCCCUUCAAAGGCAAACUGAGGAGUGUUCAACUGUUUGAGUCUAACUUAUUUGUGCUGGAUAUUUGUUCAGAUUACUCUCAGACUGUACUUUGUUUCUUCUUACACCUUCAUGUACAAUGAGCAGAUUAGUGAUUUUAAAAUUACACAUAACAUGUAUAAUGUACUUAUUUUUUAAAUGCAGGACUCAGGAUUGAUGUUAGUCAUAUAUUUUACUGCAUUCGCCUUAAUAGUAUCUACAUAAAGCCUUCUGUUACCGAUAC